CCCUGGUACAUUCACAGUUCGCUUUUCACUUGGCGUAUUUUCGCGAGUCAUAUGGUAAUACUGUAACGGUCGCGCCGUGGUCACACUGUUUGUGCGCUGACAUUGGAGCUCCAGCGGAAAAGAAGUCGCUUCGAAGCACACACACCACCACACACACAGAGAGCAGCAAUCAUGUCCCAGGCCUUGAACAACCCCGCCGGAGGAGGAGGAGGAGGCGGAGGAGGAGGAGGUGGUGGCCCGCAUCGCGACUAUGGCUCAACGGCGGAUACGGCUUCCACAACGACGCCCGAGGUGAGCUUCGCAGCAGCCGGCGGCUCAUCCGGCUUCAGCCCCACGGAGUUCAUGUCGCUGAGCGAGGACAUUGGCCACAACAUCACCGCGGUUCUAAGCAGCACCAAGCAGCUGGAGAAGCAACUCAAGCUGAUCGGGACGCCGCGCGACACCGCGGCGCUGCGCGAGAAGGUGCAUGCGAUCAACACGAAGACCAAUGCCCGGGUCCAGACCACCAGCCAGGAUCUGCAGCGGCUGCAGGCCGUGGUCCGGCAUGGAGAUCGCCAGCAGAAGCUGCAGCUGGAGAAGCUGACGCGUGAGUUUCAUGGCGUGGUUGAGAAGUACUCGAACCUGCAGCGGCGCAUCUCCUCGGCGAUGCGCCAGACCCUGCAGCAGGCUCAGGAUCUGGCCGAGCACGAGGUGGAGGCCACGGCCCGUGCCGAGCUGCUGCAGCAGCAGCGCCUGGAGCAGGCCGGACUGCAGCAGGAGGUCGAUAUGCUCGACGAGCGCCGGCGCCAGGUCGAGCAGAUUGAGUCUGACAUCAUAGAUGUCAACCAGAUCAUGACGCGGCUGAGUGGAAUGGUGCACGAGCAGGGUCAGCAGAUGGACUUCAUCGAGAACAGUAUUGAGCAGACGGCCGCCAAUGUGGAGGAUGGCACCUCGGAGUUGGCCAAGGCGGCCAGGAGUCGUCAGAGCUACCGGCGCAAGAUAUUGAUACUCCUGGUGAUUGCUGUGAUAAUAGGCUUAAUUGUAACUGGCGUUAUUGUUGCCAAACUGAACAGUUAAUUGUUUUAUUUUGUUUUGUACUCAUUUAUUCACACGCAAAACAUACACAACACACACACACUCCCACAUGGCAUACAUACAUUUUUGUAAACCGAUUUUUAUAAGAAACGAAAGAUUCGAAAUGUUGAAAAAAAACUCUGUUUAAAAUAAUCACCAUGUGAGCAAGAACAACAAGAAUGUAGAGGAAAGCUAAGGCGGAAAUACAAUAUUUAUAAAUAUACAUAUAUACACAUAAAUAUAUAUAUAUACAUACGUAAAUAAGGAUAAAGAAUCCCACUUAAAUUGCAUAUAAACAACAAAAUAUUCAGCGCUUUUAAAUGUUAAUUAAUGAUUUCUUGUUGAAAACAAAUGAUGAUUGCCGCGAACAAUUUAAGUUUUGCAUUGAAUGUGAAAUUUUUUGUGUGUUUAGUUUAAAGCAAGCGAGUAAGCAACCAAUAUAUGUUAAAUAAUUAUUAUAAUUCAAGUUAUCAUUAAGUGAGAGCCAGCAAUCGAAAAUAAAGAUAAACUGAACAAAAA